AUGCGCCACACUUGCAGCGCGGCUCACGACAAACAGAUGGGCGUGCUGCAGACAUUCUAUUGCACUCUGGUACACUACAUGACGACGAUACACGGCACAGGUAGUGGUAGCAUCGUGGAGCAUAGAUUGCGCUACACACAGCAGUGCGAGCGUGGUCAAUAUGGGACACGGACUAUGGAGGGCGUGCUUGCCGCUGCGGGUCGAAGAGCGAAUGGCGAACCAGGGGCGAGAGGCGCGCAGGGUGCGCUGUUCUUCUCCCGUGCGCAAUGGAUGCGCGUGUACCAGGCCCGUGUGGAGAGGGCCAGCAGGAUGCGUGAACAGAGAGAAUGCGGGUCGCAUGCACAGAGAAAGCAGAGUUGGAUAAAUUACGCGCCAGUGCGCGAAAAGAGAACUCCGGUUUCCGUUCGCGAGCGCGUGUGCAUAGGGGAGGAGAGCGGUCCGGCCUUCUCGGUCUGUUGUGGAGGGUGCAUGGAGGGUGCGCGCGAACGACAACAGCUCGACCACAUCCACACGCGCAAUGAACUCAGAGAGGAUUGCAGUGAGGAAGGGGUCGUAGCUGAAGGUGCGGCUUGGUCCAUGGGGGGUCGCUGCAUAGAGGACGUCACGACGGAGUGA